UUAGCGGAAGGUCCAGCCCCCUUUUUCCUCAAGCUGUCAGUCAUCACAUGCUGCUGCUGCUGCUGCUGCUGCACAACCGGAACACCUCCACGCGCACACUAAUCAUGCCGGGACUGCUGCUCGGAGAUGUUUUUCCUGAUUUCGAGGCAGAGGCUACCACUGGGAAAAUCAAAUUCCAUGAGUUCCUCGGAGAUUCAUGGGGGAUCCUGUUCUCUCACCCCGGAGACUACACCCCGGUGUGCACCACAGAGCUGGGCCGAGCUGCCAGACUGAGCAGUGAGUUCAGCAAACGCAAUGUCAAAAUGAUCGCCCUGUCCAUCGACGGCCUGGAGGAUCACCACGGUUGGACCAAGGACAUUCUAGCCUACAACUGUGAGGAGUCAGCAUGCAGCUCUCUGCCCUUUCCCAUCAUUGCAGACAGUAAACGGGAGCUGGCAGUCGCCCUCGGCAUGCUGGACCCUGAUGAGAAGGACAAAGAUGGCAUGCCACUCACUGCCCGCUGUGUGUUCAUCAUCGGCCCUGACAAAAAGCUCAAACUGUCGCUCCUCUACCCCUCCACCACAGGACGCAACUUUGAUGAGGUUCUGCGAGUGGUGGACUCACUCCAGCUCACGGCAGGUCAACGAGUGGCCACACCUGCUGAUUGGAAGCCUGGAGACUGUGUGAUGGUUCCUUCCAGCAUGUCUGAGGAGGAGGCAUCCUCUCUGUUCCCACAGGGCGUCUACACCAAAGAUCUGCCCUCUGGAAAGAAGUACCUGCGCUACACACCGCAGACUUAAGAGCAGCACUGACAAGUAUGUCACAUGAAUGAACCUAAAUCCAGUUUCUCUCAAUCCUGGACCCUGAAGACCUUUUCUGAUAAUUAAACCUCAGAAUCCCUGUGAUAUAUGAGUGUUAGAAACAUAACCUUCAGUGAUAUGAAGGUUUCUCUAAUGAAGACAUUUUACAGAGCUCUAGAAUAAACCUGCACUGUUUAUUUUUUUUUCAUUAAAGGCAACUUUUAUGAAAUGUAUAUAUUUGAUAUUUGAUAUAUUUAAAUGUAAAGACAACUGAAUACAUUAUGGCAGCUAAAACUGUGAUUAUAUGUUUGAGCUUUACUCAUGUAUCACAGCUUUUGUAUUUUUGGACCAGUGCAAGAGGAAGUGGUUUUAGGUGUCACUGGCUGACAUACUGAGUGCAAACAACACCAUGUGUGCUUUCGUUUGCAUUUUAUCGACAGGAUUAAUCAUUAACAAUACAGUUAUUAAGUCACUCUUUUUUUAAAUCGUUCAGUAUUUGUGGACUUUUAAAAAAUGUGUUGCUACAACUUUGGAUACAUUUAGUCUGGUAAAAUCAUCAUUUACAGCAUCAAAUGUUUCAUAUUUUGGCAGAAGAAUUUCAUUUGUGAGGGAUAAUAAAACAAUCAGUUCCUCUUUUUCCCUUCGACUCUGACUGACUAUUGAUAUCAAGCAAACAAGGAAGUGACUUUUGCAUACCUCUCUGCCACCUUUCUACCAUAAGGUGUCUGUUAACUCAGCUGUGCAGGGAUUUGGCGUCCCCCCCUCACCAGGUCAGCAGCAUCAGUGAAAAGCUUAUCAACCUUGAUCCUGACAGCAGGCAUCCUCACUGAGACGAACGGACAGGAGUGUGUAAGGACAGAGGAAAGCCGUACGGACAGGAAGCGGAAGAAUCAGAUAAAACACAGUCGCAAAAGAACAAAGGAAGGGGUGUUUAAAAAUGAAUGAGUGUCACUGUUGAGUUGAAACAUGUUGAAUUAUACAUCAGAACCCACAAGGGUGGAGCAGUAGGGAAAGGCAUCAUGAGCACGGUUUUAUCGUUUCAAUCAUUUAUUAGAAAGAUUUGAAGCUGAGUGUACGUGAUGUUUAAAAUUGAAUGUCACCUUCAUUUGGGUUAGAAGAGGAGCUACAGCCUUUCUCCAAAUUCGUCUCUGCAAGUAUUAUCUGCCAGGUGGUGGGAAAUCUGCCAGCAGCUGUACUUAAAACAAACCAAAUCCCCGCCCAGAUAUUCAGCCACAGAGAGCUGCUUCUGUCUAACUUCUGAGGUUAUAAAGGCAUUGCAUUUAAGAAAAAGUACAGCUGAGACCCCUCCUUUUGUCUCCAGUGUGUGGAUUUGUCAUCACCAUUACGUCAGAGGGAGUCAGCACCGGCUCAGCCGCCUCCCACCAGCAGUGUCAUCUCUGGUUCAUGAGGGU